AUGGGAAAUGAAAUAUCAGGAAAUAAUGGUACACCAAGUUCUUCCAUGUCUUUUUUUUCAUCUCGUUCACAAUCACAACCACCAGGAACAUCAACAAUGAUAACAGUAAAUAGAGGUGGAAAUAAUUUAAUGAAUCCUGAAAAUGAUCCAGAUGUUAUUAGAUUAAAUGAGAUUCCAAAAUUUUUACCAAUUAUGAAAGGUUCUGUACUAAAUACAUCAGUACCACAACGUGAUAUAUAUAGACAAAUAAAUCCUAAAUUAUUAUAUGAUAAAUUUUCUGAACUUCAUAUACGUAUGAAUGAAAAUGCACGUUUUAUACAAUCUGGACAAAAUGAAAUAUUUGGAAAUAUAAAAAAAGUUGACAAUGCUGUUAAAAGAAUAACCUGUGAAUUACGUUUACGUGAAAAUAAAUAUAAAAAAUUAGAUGGUGAAAUGCUUAAUCUUCAUUCUCUUCAACAAACUAUAGAUGAUAUUCAUAGAACGAUUGAAAAUUUAUGUGAAAAUAUAAAAGAAAUUAACACAUGUCUUAAUGAAAAUCAAAGACUUCCCCCAUUAGAUUUGAAUAAAGGUUUAAGGAGUACCAAUGAUAAUGAAAAUCCAUUAACUAAAAUUAAUCCCACAUUUGAACAUACUGUUGUAGAUGUUGUAGAAAAAAAAGAAAAAUAA